AUGGAUAUCCCUCCACCAGUGGACGACUACAUUAAACAAACCAUCGACAAUUCUUUAGGGAUUCCGGUACCAUUGGAAACCCUAGAGGCCAAGCUCCGAGCCUCCCAAGACUCGCAGUGCCGCCUCCGCGAACGCAUCCUUUUCCUUCAACCCCAACUGAAGCGCAAAGACCAACUCAUCGGGCGCUUCAAGUCUGAAGCGAUUAUGAACGCGCGAGCUCUGAAGAAGUUCGUGGAAGAGAAUCAGAGACUGGCGGUGGAGUGUGAUAAAUUGGUAGCUCAACGCUGUCACUUGGAGAAUGAGUGCGCGCUAUAUGAUAAGGACAGAGAAGCGUUAAUGGAAUUUGGGAACGAUGCAGAUGAGCGGGCACGGGAGGCGCAAUCCGAAGUUCUCGAUUUGCAACGGGAUUUGCUCUUUAUGCAGAAUGAAUUGGAGAAAUAUAAGCAUCAUGAUCAACUGGUUAAUUUUUCUGCAUGCGCCCCUGGGGAAAAUAAUUUACUUGGUUCUGUUUUGGCGUCACUUAUAAGUAGAGAUGAUGAUUCUACAUAUGCAUUUUUGCAAGCAAACAGUGAGAAUGAGUCCUGUAAGCAGUUGCUGAGUGUGUGGAACAGCUUGAGCCCAUCUGCUCGAUGUAUUUUGUCACUUAUUGACAAAGUCAAGUCACUUGAGAAGGAUAAGGAGCAUCUGAGAACUAACCUUCACAAAGCCGAGGAGGAGGCCAAAGUACUGUUUGAUGAAAAUAAUGUAUUGGAAAAGGAGAACAGAAGGUUAUUGAAGCUAUACAGGGAAAGGAACCAUCCUGAUUCUGAUGGGAAACAUACCAACAGUCCAUCAGCUAGGUCAAACAAGAGAAAGUCCAAUAGUCCCAGGACGAGUAGCCCAACGAGGAAGUUGGAUUUUGACGAUCAAGAUUUAGCAAGACAACCUUUAUCUCCCUUACGACACAACUCCCCGGACUGUAGAAUGAGUAAGAAGUAA